AUGAAAAUCAAGGACAUAACACGUACCUCCACCUUUGUUUGGAGUUCAGACGUGAUCCCCUUGCUAGCAACAGGCUCUGUUGCUGGCGCUGUGGACCUCAACUUUUCCGCGUCCCUGACUCUUGAGAUCUUUGAUGUUUUUGACAAAGGUUAUGACCCCAUUUUCAGUGCUACUUUAGAGAACAAGUUCCACGCAUUGGCAUGGCUGAAACCCUUCGGAAACUACUCCAGAGGCUUGUUGGCCGGUGCUUUUGAAACCGGCGUGGUUGAAUUCUGGGACGCCGAGAAACUCAUCAGAACUCAGUCCUUGGAGGCUUCAUCGGUCCACAAAUCAUCAAAACAUUCCGGCGCGGUCAAAUGCUUAUCGUUCAACCCCCACCAGAACCACCUACUUGUGUCUGGAGGACAGAGGGGUGAGAUAUUAAUCUGGGAUGCUAGCACGUUUGCCGAGCCAUAUGCACCAGGUAGAGCCAUGGUGCCAAUGGAUGAAAUCACGUCUGUGGCGUGGAACAACUCUGUUAGCCAUAUCUUGGCUUCGACAUCCAACGGCGGCUACACCAGCAUCUGGGACUUAAAAGCAAAGAGGGAAGUUUUACACUUGCAAUACAACGGCGCUCUUGGUAAAGCCGACUUCUCGCAGGUUGCCUGGCACCCCACGCAGUCUACGAAAUUGAUCACUGCUAGUCAGAGUGAUUCGUGCCCAACCAUAAUGACUUGGGAUUUGAGAAAUGCCAGUGAACCUGAGGUUAUUCUCCAAGGUCAUGAGAAGGGUGUCUUGUCUUUGGACUGGUGUAAAAAGGACGCCGGCCUUUUGCUUUCUUCUGGCAAAGACAACUCUACCAAAUUGUGGAACCCUUUGACAGGCGAAAAGCUAGGUGACUACCCCACUGCCGCCAACUGGACUUUUUUGGUGAGCUUUGCUCCAAGUGCACCAGACGUGAUCGCAUCCGCUUCAUUUGAUGGCAAGAUUGUUGUUCAAACCUUACAAGACACCUCUCCACCAAUUUCACAGCAAGUCAAGGCUACUGACGAGAAUGAAUUCUGGUCUAACAUUUCUACUACGGACCAUCAGCAACCGCUGUUCGAAUUGAAACAGGCUCCACAGUGGCUUAAGAGACCAUGCUCAGCAUCAUUUGGUUUCGGGUCGAAAUUUGUGACAGUCAAAACUGUCGAUGGUAAGUCGGUAAUCAACAUUAGCAAGACCACCGCUGGAAAGGAACUUGUUGCUGAUAAGCUUACUCAGGCCCUCAAGAAUGGGGACUUCUCUGAACUUAUCUCCGAGAAGCUACACAACAAUCCUACGGAUAUUUCAGACUGGAAGAUUUUGGAUGCUUUGUCGAAGCAUGGAAAGGAGCAUUUCCUUAAGGAUAUCGUCGAUGGUUCUACCGAAGAGAGCGAUCAGAAGCAAUCGGCUCAAGAGUUGUCAGGUAGAAUUGAUAAUCUGAAUGGUGACGACUUUUUCAGCAACUUAUCCAACGAUGCUGCUCAGGGUUUCAACUCAUUAUCUACCGAGGGUUUUGCUCCAAGCGGUCCUUUCAAAAUCUUGGAUGGUUCUAAUAAUGAAAAAGAUGCUCGUUUGACUAAGCUUAUCUUGAGCAACAAAAUAGGCAGUGCUGUCGAUCAAUGUUUGAGUCAAGGAAGAUUGUUAGAAGCCUUGGUUUUGUCUCUAGACCAAGAUGAUGCAGUGAAAGACAAGGUCAAAGCUCAGUAUUUCAAAGAAACCAAUUCUGAUGUGUUAUCUCGGUUGAUCUUUUCUGCUUCAUCCAAAAGUGUGGUCGAUCUUGUUGCGAAUGCUGACAUCAGCAACUGGAAGGAAAUUGCGUCAAGCAUUUUCGCUUACUGUACUGACAAAACUGAAUUCAACUCAAAGAUCGUGGAAUUGGGUGACCGCAUUCUUGAAUCCCGCCAGUCAGCUGCUGAUCGCGAAAACGCAUUAGAAUGUUAUUUGGCAGGUGAGGCAUUAGACAAGGUUUCUGCACUUUGGUUGCAAGAGAUCCCACUGGAAGCCAAUAAUGGAAUUGUCGCUGAGGAUGGCGAGACUCCAUUGGACGCAAAGUUCAAGUCAUUGAGCGGAUUUGUUGAAAAACUCUCGGCAUACAGAUCCCUUUCAAACAUCACAAGUACUCUUUCUGGUCCAGCAAUUGAGCCAACAUGCAAUGCUGUUUUCGAAUUCUCGACGAUGGCUGCAAACAGUGGUAAUUUUGAGUUGGCAAGGGAAUUUUUGUCUAUCCUUCCCGAGAACUACGAUGGGUUGAAGGCCGAACAGGAGCGUAUCAACAAGGCUACUGCUCAGCCAGUUCAACGUGUUGAGCAAGGCCGCAGGAGAUACACCCAGCAAGGCGCUGCUAAUGGUAGGUUCAGUGGAAGCUCUCCAGCGAAGCCUGGCUUCAAUCCUUUGGCCAACAAUGCUGCUCCACCCUACGGUGGAGGUGCUGCUUUCGCCCGCCCACCACCUGCUGCUGGAAUGAACAAUGCCUAUCCUGGUGUUCCUCAACCUACCGCACAACCACCAUCGGCAGCUCCAGCUGCUCGUGCAGCCGCUAACCCUUACGGUAGACCCGCUCCAGCACAAACUGCUCCAGCACCAGUGGCGGUCGCUCCACCUGCAAGCUCCAAUGUGUCUGGUUCUACCGGCGCCAGAUACACGCCUCUUCAACCUGCUACAUCCGUCGUGAGCCCUCCUGCCCCACCACAGCCAACUAACAACGUCAAGCAGGAAACUGAUGGUUGGAAUGACUUACCUGACACUUUCAAGGCGCAGAAGUCUGCCAGACGUGCAACCCCAGCGGCUGUCUUGUCUCCCAAGGCACCUACACCCCAGGUUGCGGCUGCUCCAUUGGCACCACCAACCAGGAAGGGUGCUGCACCAAUGAUGCCGCCACCACCAAGAGCUGCUUCUAGACAAGCUUCGCAUUCUGGUGCUUCCAGUCCUAGAAUCAAUGCUGCUCCUCGUCAGGCCUCGGUCAGUAACAAGUACGCUCCUCCUCCAUCCUCCAUUCAAAUUCCUCAACAAAAUGGAUUGUCGACACCUGGAAGCAAGGUUGCUACUCCGCUGGCUCCACCCAAAAAUCCUUAUGCUCCAAGUCAAAAGCUCAUUUGUGCCCCACCGACAAACAAUUUUGCACCCACAUCUGUGAAUCAAUUCCCUCAGGCUCCACUGCAGCCACCAAACCCAUACGGGCCACCCUCUACGGCUGCCGCUGCACCCCCAAGCAAUCCAUACGCUCCUCCACAGCAAUCGGCACAGCCUCCCUCUAAUCCCUAUGCCCCCACAACCGGUGCUAGAGGUCCCAGAGGUCAGUAUUCCACCCCUGCGUCCACGAGAGCCAGCAGAAAGCCAUCAAUUGGAAGCAUAGCACCUCCUCCAUCUAGGGCUCAGGCUAACCUUGGAUCGCCUCAUUUAGGGCCACCACCAACCGGACCACCUCCGAGAAAGGUCUCCACCCAGCCUCAGCCUAGUGUCGCGGCUCCACCAGCUGCAGCUCCACAGGGUCCUCCAAUCACCCAGGUACCUCCUCCUAAUGCUGUUCCACAAGUGCAGCCACCACCAUCAUCAUCGGUGCAUCAAGGACCGCCAGUUUCCCAAGGGCCACCACGCAAUGCUGCUGGACCUCCACCUCAAAGGAAGACGUCUGCUUUGCAGCCACCCCCACAGGCACAGGCUCCACCUCCACAGGCACAGGCUCCACCUCCACAGGCAGAGGCUCCACCUCCACAGGCACAGGCUCCACCUCAAACGCAAGCUCCUCCUCCACAGACACAGGCACCUCCACAGGCACCUCCACAAGCCACCGCUCAGCCAACUGCAGCACCUGCUCAGAAUGGCACAACAGCUUCGUCUUCGGAGGAAGUUGAUGCUAUCAUCACCACCUUCACGAAGUAUAAGGACCACAUCAAGCCUGCGGCUCCUGCGAAGUAUGAGAAGCACGUUAUUGAUAUGGAAAAGAGAUUAAACAUUUUGUUUGACCACUUGAGAAAGGGAGACUUGGUUUCUUCUGAUGCAGUUGGAAAGUUGAAUUCGAUCGCAUCUGCAUUGGAGAGCAAGCAAUGGGGCAAUGCAUCAAACAUCAACACCGAUAUUCUGGCUAAACACCCUAAUGAAAUUGGCACUUGGCAUGUCGGUGUGAAGCGUUUGAUUACCAUGGCAGAGGCUUUUGAUGCCUAA